AUGUCGCGACUUUGGAAGCAGGUCACCCGCAGAAGCACCGCGCAGCCCAGCCGCCCCUCGCGCCCGGACCCCGCGAAAGCUUCGGCGAAAGCCGUGGCGAAAGCCAGCGCCGAACCAGAGCCAAUAGCUUCGGAAGCAGCGGCUGAUGAGGUGUUGGCCUCGAGCGUCCCAGGCGAUGGCCAGAUCGAACCGAUCGUGGCCCUGCAGUUGGAGGUGCAGCCGGAGCCAUUGGAGAGCCCCGUUCUCGAGGACGACUUGCCUCCGGGGGCUUGGUCCGAGAUGCUGCGGCAGAACAUCCAGGACAUGGGUAUGGCCGUAGACCGGGCGCGCAUGCCUCGUGCGGACUUCGACGCCGAGCAAACCGCUGAGGCUUCGGGCUGGUCUGGCUCUGGUGCUUGGCACCUGCAAUCGGAGGAUUUACAAAAGAGAUUCAUCCCCGUUGCCCUGGCGCAGCCGCCUCAAGAGCCGGCGCCUCGCACCAGCCCGGCAUACCCGACAUACCUGGCGGCUCACACGGCCGCCUGUGGGGCGGAUCUGCGAGAAGCUGAACGGCCGCCGCCGCCGCCGCCGCCAAGGGGGCCGCCCGCCAGAGCAACGUCCCCAGUUGAGCUGCGGGAUGCACAGCCCGACAGCCAAAGCUCGGCCGCGGAGGAAGCCAAACCUCCGGCCACGGCGUGCAAGCGCUGCCAACUCAACUCCCUGGAGGUGAGCAUGGUCUCUCAAUCGUUUGUGGGGCUAGCUGCCCGGGUGCUGCACUGGGCCGGCGACCUGGGCCGCGCGCGGCGGAAGGCGCUGGAGGCCACCGUCUUGGAGUACGCGUUGCCCUGCCAGCACCUGAGCCCAGAGAUUCGCUUUCUGAGCCAGGAGCUCCAGAACUCCAAGGGAGACGAAGGGGACGACGGCCUGGAGGAGCGACUGCAAACCCUCCAGCGGCACCUAGCGCAACUGUCGGAGGACUAUGCCAAGGUGGUGGAGGAAAACAGUGCGCUGCACAAGAAGCUGAAGGCUCUCAGCGAAGAGCUCCAGUCCGCUGAGCUCCAGAAGGCUCGCGCGGCCGAAACGGCGGAAGCCGAGACGGGCGAAACCGCGAGAGACCUCCAUGCAAAGCUGCAGUUGGGUGACCAGCUGCCCCCGCUGAAGUUGCCGAGAAAUCCUGCCGAGCCUGCCGCCAGCACCUCAAGUGGCGCUGUGCUCUUCGAGGCCUCCCCAAAGCCAAUGGACGAAGCCUCGCCGGUGGCCUCCCCGAAAGCUGCGAAGCCCCGGGGCGCGCCCAACGCCGUGGUGAAGCCGCGGCGGACCACGUGGCACCCGCGGGCGGAGGGACCCGAGGAACAUGACACCCUCCGGCUGCUGUGGGAUGGCCUGCCGCUCUCGAGCUCGGCUUCCUUCCGGGAGGAGCUGUUGAGCCGAUUCCAACUGCUGGGCUUCCCCCAGUCAAGGCUGGGGAGGCUGGUGGUGCAGGUGCACCCUGCCGGGCCCAACUCCAUCAUGGCUGCAGUGCAGGGCCCGGAGGAGGACAUCCGGUACUUCCAGACGUUGCCUUUGGGCACGCUUGCCAUGAUGGGCUGCAAAACCCAGGUGCUUUCACAUGGCCGCAACUCUGCGCAAGGGCCGAAGGCGCCUGGAAAAGGCUGCUCUAGGGCCCAAUGGCUGCAGUGGUUCGAGGGCACAAGCUUUGACCGCCAGCUGCUGGAGGCCGCUUUCUCCUUAGCAGACCCAGCCAGAGAUGGCUGGGUGGACGUGGAGAAGGUGCGGCAGGGCGGCUUCUUGGUGGAAAAGGCGAGAGCUGCACUGCGGCGGUGGGGGGCGGCCCAUGGCGCUAUCCUGGCCAGCCCGGAGACCGAAGCGCAGACCAGGGAGGAAGACUUCCCCUUGCCCCUCCGGCACAUGGCCGCUGCGCAGACGGAGCUUGCGGCGCUUGCAGCGCGGGCCACACAGACGGAAGAGCUCCCGCGGAUCUCGGGAAGCGCCGGCUCCCCGAGAGCGGCAGGUGGUUCCUCCCGGGCGCCGGAGGCGCCGGAGGCGCCAGAGGCGGGCGCGGAAUCCGGCAGUCAGGCGCGAGCGCAGGAGUCAGCGAAGCCGGAGGCGGAACCUCCGCAUGCAGAGCCUGCCACACCGAGAGCUGACAAGAUGGAAGCGGCACCAGCCGUGAGGACUGAAGGAGAACGGCAGCUGAGUGCAUCAAAGCCUGGGGAAAAGCCGCAGGAAGAGAAGCUGGGAGAGGCUGCAGCAGAGCAAACAGAGCCACAGAAAACCGCGUUGCCUGAAGCAAGAUUGGCGGAACCAGCAGCGCCAAAGCAAGCACCAAAGCAAGCACCAAAGCAAGCACCAAAGCAAGCACCAAAGCCGGAAGAAGCAACGCCGCCCCAGGAAGCAGCACCAGCAAAAGCAUCAGCAGAAGCGCGAGCAGAAGUACCAGCACAAGAGCAAGGGCCGAAGCCGGAAGAAGCAACACCACCCCAAGAUGGAACACCACCCCAAGAAGCACCAGCACCUCAAGAAGCACCAGCACCUCAAGAAGCACCAGCACCCCAGGAAGCACCACCUCCGGCACCACCACCCCAGGAAGCACCACCACCACCCGCACCACCAUCCGCACCGCCACCCCAGGAUUCUCAGGCAGCAACACCGGGGGAAGCGCCACCGGAACCGGCAGUAGCUGCACCCCCGGAAGCAACACCUGCGGAGGCACCAGACCCUGCGGGGAAGCCGGAGCACGACCAGCUCCCAGAAGAAGCCGCAAAGCCGGCAGAAGCCAAACCACCAGAAACAGAGAAGUCGAAAGAGAAGGAGCCGGCAGCAAAGUCGGAAGAUAAAAGGGAGGGAGACGCAAAACAGCAACCCUUUGAAGGAGCACAGCCAGCAGAAGUCACAGCGGAAGCAGCGAAACCACAAGGGGAAGCGCCGCCAGAAGCAGCAACACAGGAAAUAACACCGCAAGAAACCGCACCAGAAGCACCUGCAACAGAAGCAUCUGCACAAGGGAAAGAGCCAGUGCCACCUGCCGUUGCGAAGCCAGAAGCCAAACCCGAAGACACGGGGCAGACGGCAGCAGCAGCGACUGGAGCGCUGGAUGCAGAUGUGCAGGGACCGGCACAGGAGGCCCUUGGGGACUCCGAUCACGAAGUGGAUUCCGAGAUGAGUUGGUGA